CCCAGCAGCUUCCAGAAUUUGAAGCUUCUCACACAUCUAGACCUCCAAGGCUGUGAGUUGUUAAAAGAAAUUCCUGAUUGCUUUAGUAGCUCUACCACAUUGCAAUUCUUGGAUCUAAGUGGAACCAUGAUCGAGACAAUACCUCCGAGCAUCAAAGAAGUUUUUGGGCUCAAGUCUCUGAGAGUUAGAGACUGCAAGCGGCUUCAAUCUUUGCCAGAGCUCCCAUGUCUUCUAGAGUGGUUGGAUGCAGAAGGGUGCACGAGACUUGAGACUGUCAUUUUCAAUGACUGCACAUACACAAGGUUUGGAUGCAAUGCCUUAUUCACAUGCUCCCAAAUCCCAUUCAUUUUUGGGUUGCGUUAAUUUGGAUGAAAUUUCAAGGAGUCGCAUAAUGGGUGAAGCAUACUCCAGAAUCAUGCGAUCGACGACUUUUAAUAAACUGGACGCAGAUAUGUACCAGGACUUAGAUAAUUAUCCUGAAGCACGGGUGAUUUGUCCGGGAAAUGAAAUUCCAAAAUGGUUUAGUUGUGAAACGGCGGGAUCUUCAAUGAAUAUUAAGCUCCCUCUCCAUUGGUCUGAUGAUUCAAACUUCUUGGGUAUUGCUCUCUGCUCUGUUUUGCCAAUCUUUGCACAAACCAAUCGUGGGUGUGACUGUGAGAUGAUUCUCAAAACCAACAACGGUGAAACCCGUACUGUCAAUUUGGGAUUUUCAUAUCUCGAUGUUAGUGCCAAGCUGGUCGAAACAGAUCACGUGGUGGUGUGGUAUAAUGCGUAUAAAAGUACCAGAAUCCCAAGUGAUCAUGCAAAAUUGUCUACGGUAGCCUCUUUUCACUUCGACACAUAUGUCGGUGGUAAAAAGAUAAAUAUCGUGAAAAGUUGUGGGGUCUGCUUUCUGUAUGCCCAACCCCAAGAUGAUGAUGUUUUGAAAUUUGAAGUCAUUCCUCCACACCAAGUUGAUACAACUGGUGCAUCUGAAGAAGUCAUCCCUCCACAGCUAGUAGAUACAACUGGUGCAUCUGAAGUCAUCCCUCCACAGCUAGUUGAUACGACCGGUGCAUCUGAAGAAGUCAUUCCUCCACAGCAAGUUGAUACGACCGGUGCAUCUGAAGAAGUCAUUCCUCCACAGCAAGUUGAUACGACUGGUGCAGACUUAUUGCCUGAACAUUUGAAAGCAACGACUUUGGUGCCCGACGUGACUCCAUUUCCUACAGAUCGGUUCAUGGCAACUCUGACUCCUCCAAUUGAAGGCUACAUCGAGAAGAUUACCUCAGAAGAAGGUUGCAAGGGAUCUUAUAAGUAUUAUGCUGCAUUUCAUUUGUUAUGGCUCAUAAGAAAAGGGUUCUGGGAAAAGUUGAACAGCCACGCUAGUGCUUUUGACAAGCAGUCCCAUGUAGCGGCAGAAGUUAUCAAUGAAGAGAUGCGGAGGAUCGGGCACGAUGUAGAAAACACUAGCUCGUGCUCCAUUGUGAUUGCACACAUUAAUUAG